AACUUUGACAGUCUCUUUUUAUGCAAAACUUAACUGCUGUUUUAGUGCUCGAGAGCCAUUCAGGGAAGCUACGCUCUAGUUGUUUUUUUAUUACUGUUAUUAAAGAAAGGCAGCUCUUACAUUUAAAAUGUUGCGAGUCGCAACAUAUGCGAUUGCGGCAAGGUCCUGUUUUUGUACACCUAUUGUCCUCAGCCGACGCAGAGGGCUCAAAGCAUUUUGCUCGCGUACGGGGAAACACUGUCAGCAGCAAAAUGAACAAGUAACAGCAACAACAAAGAACAGUCUAAUAACUGGGAAAUCAGAUAAAUUCGGAGGAGUCACGGUACAUCUCAACGAACAUGAAUUUCCAUCUGACCUUAGUGAGGAUGCUUUUCAGAGAAUGUUGCGAGAUUCUCUCAGUCAGUGGAGGGCUGAAGGCAAAGUGGCGGUGUGGCUUCAUGUUCCCAUUUUCCAGAGCCGGUUUGUGACUGUGGCUGCCUCCCAGGGCUUCGCUUUCCACCACGCAGAGAAGGACAGCUCCACACUCACGCUGUGGCUGGGACAGGGAACCAGCAGGCUUCCAGGGUAUGCCACACACCAGGUCGGCGUAGCAGGCGCUGUCCUCGAUGAAAGAAAUGGUAAAGUUCUUGUUGUUCAAGACAAAAAUAAGACAGCAAAUGCUUGGAAAUUCCCUGGUGGACUAUCUGAUCCAGGGGAAAAUAUUGGCAUCACAGCCAUCCGGGAAGUUUUUGAAGAGACUGGCAUUCGUUCUGAAUUCAAGUCCCUCUUGAGUAUAAGACAGCAGCAUAACCACCCUGGAGCUUUUGGUAUUUCAGAUAUGUACAUCAUCUGUCGACUGAAACCAUUGUCAUUCGACAUUAACUUUUGCCAUCAGGAGUGUCUGAAAUGCGAAUGGAUGGAUGUAGCUGAACUAGCCAAGACAAAUGAAACCACUCCAAUUACAAGCCGGAUAGCCAAACUCUUGUUAUAUGGGUAUAGGGAAGGCUUUGAUCAAAUUGAUCUUGUUGUAAAAGAACUCCCAGCAGUCUAUACAGGGUUACAUUACCAGCUUUACCACAAUCGAUUGCCUAUGCCAUAUGAAAACAUGUCUUUUUCUGAUAAAAGCUAAGUGCAUCAAGAUAAAAUAACACUU